AUGAUAAAUGGGCAGCCAGAGUGUGUGCCAGUCUCUCAGGCCACAUGCUGGGCUGGGGGUUACUUGCAUUACCACACCUUUGAUGGACGGGUGUAUGAUUUCCACGGCACCUGCGACUACACGGUGGCCAAGACCUGCAGGGAUGACUCCGUCCUGCCCUUCUUCCGUGUCACGGCCGAGAGCGAGAACAGGGGGAACACACAGGUCUUCUACAUUUGGUCGGUGACUGUCCAGGUCGAUGGAGUGACCAUUACAGCAGCCAGGGCUGAGGUCGGCUUUGUGUGGGUGAAUAACACCAGGGCCCACUUACCCAUCUCCCUGAACAACGGGGCCCUUCGGCUCUAUCAGAGCGGCACCUCCCUCAUCCUCCGCACCGACUUCAACCUCAGGGUGUACUAUGACUGGAACAACCAGCUGAGGGUCACCGUUCCUAAUAACUUCUCUGACAGCCUGUGCGGCCUGUGUGGCAACUAUAAUGGGGACCCCGCCGAUGACUUCCGGACCCCGGACGGGGACCAGGCUCCCAGUGUCGCUGCCCUGGGGAAAAGCUGGGCAGUGGAAGAUGAGGAUCAGUUUUGCUGGCACGAUUGCAUUGGAGGUUGCAGGCCCUGUGCCGCCAGCAUAGCCAGAAAGUACAAGGAGGAGGUCUCGUGCGGCCUGAUAGCCAAGGUCUCAGAUGGGCCCUUCAGCCAGUGCCACAGCAAGGUGGAUCCUACAGUCUACUUGAACAACUGCGUGUACGAUCUGUGCCACAACGACGGCUACAGGAAGGCCCUGUGUGAGGCCCUGAAGGCCUAUGCGGACGCCUGCCAGCUGGAAGGGGUCAGGAUUGGGGAAUGGAGGCAGCUGGCCAGAUGCCCCAUGGAGUGCCCCCUGGAGAACAGCCAGUACCAGCUCUGUGGAACAGCCUGCCCAGCCACGUGUGUGGACCAGUCAGCCCCCAGCAGCUGCCAAGACCCCUGCGUGGAAAGCUGCCAGUGCAAGGAUGGUUUUGUGCUGAGCCAGGGAAAAUGCAUCCCCAAGAGCAGCUGUGGGUGCCUGUUCGAGGGGCGCCCCUAUGCCCCCAAUGAGAGUUUCUGGGUCGAUGAGGCAUGUGGGACACGGUGCAUGUGCAACGCAGCCACUAGACAAGUCAAAUGCAUGGCUGCUACGUGCAAACGUUCAGAGAGAUGCGGGCUAGUGAAUGGCGUACGGGGCUGUUACCCCUCCAGCUACGCCACCUGCUCUGUGACAAGGAAUCUGCACUAUUCCACCUUUGAUGGACAGAGAUACGACUUCCAAGGCACCUGCCGCUACCAGCUAACUACCUUGUGCAAGAAGACGGUGGGACUGGUGGACUUUGAUGUUUAUUUCCAGGAAAGCAAUACUCGUCCUGUGCAGAUCAAGGUCUAUGAGACUGACAUCAGGGUCAGCAAUCAAUUCCCUGGGAAAAUCAUGGUGAACAGUAUCCUGAUUACCCUUCCCUUCAACCUCGAUGAUACGAAAAUCACUGUGUAUAGAAAGGGCUGGGCCACAGUGAUCCAGACAGAUUUUGGUCUCACCAUUACCUAUGCCGGGUGGUCAGGACGCACCACAAUCACUCUGCCAGUCACCUACGCAGGAGCCGUGUGUGGUCUGUGUGGCAAUUUUAACAGUGACAGGGAGGAUGACAUGCUGAUGAGGGAUGGCACGCUGGCACCAAGUCCCGUCAGCUUUGGCCAGAGCUGGAAGGUGGGCGACCUCCCGGGAUGCUCUGCAGUAACGAUACCACCAUGCGCAAGUGUAGAGGCUAUUGAAAAAGAACAACGAGGUAGCAGAGGGCAGUGUGGGCUCAUCUUAUACAAGAGUGGCCCUUUCAGAGGAUGUCACAGCAAAGUGGACCCUCAUGGAUACUUCAUAGACUGUGUGUACAGCUAUUGCGUCCUCAGUGCGCGUGAAAGUAAUGUCUGCCAGGCCGUUGCGGGCUAUUCCGAGGCAUGUCAGGAAGCUGGAGCUAUGGUGCAUCCCUGGAGGACUACGACAUUCUGCUCUCCGUCCUGUCCCCUGAACAGUCACUACGAAUUCUGUAGCAGCAGCUGCGAUGUGACAUGCAGCAACCUCUAUGCCCCGGUGCAAUGCAUGACCCAGUGUAAGGAAGGCUGCGUGUGUGACGAGGGCUUUGUUUUCAGUGGCGACCGCUGUGUCCCCAUUUCCCAGUGCGGAUGCCUCCACAGGGGACUUUACUACGAGGCCGGGGAGACCUUCCACCCGAGCGGUUCAUGCGAGGAGCAGUGCAUGUGUCAGGCUGGUGGGGAGGUUGUGUGUAAGGCAUUCUCCUGCGGCACUGGUGAGGAAUGCGGGGUAGUGGACGGUGUCCAGAAAUGCCACCCAUUUGGAUCUGCGACCUGUUCUGCCUCUGGCCAUCCCCACUACCUCUCUUUCGAUGGGGUCUCCUUUGACUUCCAAGGCACCUGCACGUACAUCUUGGCCAAGACCUGCACCGAUGCCAGUGACCUUACACCAUUCACUAUCAGCAUAGAGAAAGAAGAUUGGGGCACCAGGAACAUGUCCGUGGCCAAGCUGGUGUCCAUUCAGGUGUAUGGGAUCACACUCACCCUGCUGCAAAACAAACAGGGGCUCAUCAUGGUGAACGGAGUGUCCCACAACCUCCCAGUGAUUGUGGCUGAUGGGCAACUUAGAGCGUAUCAACAUGGCACAAACAUUCUGGUGCAAACCAUCUUCGGCCUCACUCUGAGCUACGACCUGGUUUACCAGGCCAGGGUCACCAUCCCAGGAAGCUACGAGGGCCAGACGUGCGGCCUGUGUGGGAACUACGAUGGACAGCAGGACGAGGAGUUCCUGCUCCCCAGUGGCAGGACAGCCUCUGAUGCAGCAGCAUUUGGCUCUGCUUGGGAAGUCCAGAUCCCAGGAGCAUCCUGUACAGACAGAUGUGCUGGAAACAGCUGUCCAGUUUGUGAGGAGAGGAAGAAGAACAUCUUCAAAGGGCGCAACUACUGUGGGCUGCUUACAGACCCCGACGGCCCCUUCAUGGCCUGCCACGGCCUGGUUAGCCCCAGUGUGUAUCAGAGCAACUGUCUGUAUGAUCUGUGCCUGGGCAACGGGGAUGCACAGGUUCUGUGCCAGAGCAUCCACAGCUAUGUGACGGCCUGCCAAGAGGCCGGGGCUCCCAUCCGGCCCUGGAGGAACACCUCCUUCUGUGCUGUGAGCUGCCCAGCGAACAGCCACUAUGAGGUCUGCGCCGACCUCUGCACCUCCACCUGCACUGGAGACAUCAUGGACUGCCCGGAGACCUGUGCUGAAGGCUGCGAGUGUGACGAUGGCUUCUUCUUCGACGGCCAGGGCUGUGUGACUCUGCAGAGCUGUGGGUGCUUCGAGCACAGGAGAUAUUACAAGCCCAAUGAGACGGUCCUGACGAACGAGUGCCAGCAAAGCUGCACCUGCGUUCCUGCUCGAGGGGUGACUUGUAAAGUCCACGGCUGCUCCCGAGAAGAAAUCUGCCAGAUUAGAGAUGGCGUCAGGGCCUGCAUCAGCAAAGUUAUUCCAUCCUGCAGUGUGGUUCGCUGCAGAGAAGGAACUAUUUGCAAGAUGAUAAAUGCACAGCCAGAGUGUGUGCCAGUCUCGCAGGCCACGUGCUGGGCUGGGGGUUACUUGCAUUACCACACCUUCGAUGGACGGGCGUAUGAUUUCCACGGCACCUGCAACUACAUGGUGGCCAAGACCUGCAGGGGUGACUCCGUCCUGCCCUCCUUCCAUGUCACGGCCAAUAUCGAGAACAGGGGGAACACACAGGUCUUCUACAUUGGGUCGGUAACUGUCCAGGUGGAUGGAGUCACCAUCACAGCAGCCAGGGCUGAGGUUGGCUUUGUGUGGGUGAAUAACACCAGGGCCCACUUACCCAUCUCCCUGAACAACGGGGCCCUUCGGCUCUAUCAGAGCGGCACCUCCCUCGUCCUCCGCACCGACUUCAACCUCAGAGUGUCCUAUGACUGGAACAACCACCUGAGGGUCACCGUCCCCAGGGUCUUCUCCGACAGCCUGUGCGGCCUGUGCGGCAACUAUAACGGGGACCUCUCCGAUGACUUCCGGACCCCGGACGGGGAUCUGGCUCCUAGUGUCGCCGCCCUGGGGAAAAGCUGGGCAGUGGAAGAUGAGGAUCAGUUUUGCUGGCACGAUUGCAUUGGAGGCUGCAGGCCCUGUGCCCCCAGCAUAGCCAGAAAGUACAAGGAGGAGGCCUUGUGCGGCUUGAUAGCCAAGGUUUCAGAUGGGCCCUUCAGCCAGUGCCACAGCAAGGUGGAUCCUACAGUCUACUUAGACAACUGCGUGUACGAUCUGUGCCACAACGACGGUUACAGGAAGGCCCUGUGUGAGGCCCUGAAGGCCUACGCGGACGCCUGCCAGCUGGAGGGGGUCAGGAUUGGGGAAUGGAGGCAGCUGGCCAGAUGCCCCAUGGAGUGCACCCUGGAGAACAGCCAGUACCAGCUCUGUGGAACAGCCUGCCCAGCCACAUGUGUGGACCAGUCAGCCCCCAACAGCUGCAAAGACCCCUGCGUAGAAAGCUGCCAGUGCAAGGAUGGUUUUGUGCUGAGCCAGGGCAAAUGCAUCCCCAAGAGCAGCUGUGGGUGCCAGUUUGAGGGGCGCCCCUAUGCCCCCAACGAGAGCUUCUGGGUCGAUGAGGCAUGUGGGACACGGUGCAUGUGCAACGCAGCCACUAGACAAGUUGAAUGCGUGGCUGCUACGUGCAAACAGUCGGAGAGGUGCGGGCUAGUGAAUGGCGUACGGGGCUGUUACCCCUCCAGCUAUGCCACCUGCUCUGUGACAAGGAAUCUGCACUAUGCCACCUUUGAUGGACAGAGAUAUGACUUCCAAGGCACCUGCCGCUACCAGCUCACGGGUCUGUGCAAGAAGGUGGAGGGACUGGUGGACUUUGAAGUCAACUUCCAGGAAAACAAUACCGCUCCUGUACAGAUCAAGGUGUAUCAGACCAACCUCAGGAUCAGCAAUCAAUUCCCUGGGAAAGUCCUGGUGAACAGUGUCCUGAUGAAUCUUCCCUUCAACCUCAUUGAUAAGAAAAUCUCUGUGUAUAGAAAGGGCUGGGCCACAGUGAUCCAGGCAGACUUUGGCCUCACCGUUACCUAUGCUGGGUGGUCAGGACGCACCACGGUCACUCUGCCAGUCACCUACAUGGGAGCUGUGUGUGGUCUGUGUGGCAACUUCAACAGUGAUAGGGAGGACGACAUGCUGAUGAGGGAUGGCACGCUGGCACCAAGCCCCAUCAGCUUUGGCCAGAGCUGGAAGGUGGGCGACCUCCCGGGAUGCUCUGCAGUAACGAUACCACCAUGUGCAAGUGUAGAGGCUAUUGAAAAACAACAACGAGGUAGCAGAGGGCAGUGUGGGAUCAUUCUCCACAAGAGUGGCCCCUUCAGAGGAUGUCACAGCAAAGUGGACCCCCAUGGGUACUUUGUAGACUGCGUGUAUGGCUAUUGCGUCCUCAGUGGGCGGGAGAGUAACGUCUGCCAGGCCGUUGCUGGCUAUGCCGAGGCAUCUCCGUCCUGUCCCCUGAACAGUCACUAUGAAUUCUGCAGCAGCAGCUGCGAUGUGACAUGCAGCAACCUCUAUGCCCCGGUGCAAUGCAUGACCCAGUGUAAGGAAGGCUGCAUGUGUAAUGAGGGUUUUGUUCUCAGUGGCGACCACUGCAUCCCCAUUUCCCAGUGCGGAUGCCUCCACAGGGGACUUUACUACCAGCCCUGGGAGACUUUCCACCCAAGCGGUUCAUGCAAGGAGCAGUGUGUGUGUCAGGCUGGUGGAGAGGUUGUGUGUAAGGCUUUCUCCUGUGGCGCUGGUGAGAAAUGCGGGGUGGUGGACGGCAUCCAGAAAUGCCACCCAUUUGGAUCUGCGACCUGUUCUGCCUCUGGCCAUCCCCACUACCUCUCUUUCGACGGGGUCGCCUUUGACUUCCAAGGCACCUGCACUUAUGUCCUGGCCAAGACCUGCACUGAUGCCAGCCACCUUACACCAUUCACUAUCAGCGUAGAGAAAGAAUCUUGGGGCAGCGGGAACGUCUCCAUGGCCAAGCUGGUGUCCAUCCAGGUGUAUGGGAUCACAUUCACCCUGCUGCAGAACAAACAGGGGCUCAUCAUGGUGGACGGGGUAUCCCACAAUCUCCCCGUGAUAAUGGUCAAUGGGCAGCUCCGAGCAUAUCAGCAUGGCACUAAUGUCCUGGUGCAAACUGACUUUGGCCUCACUGUGACCUACGACCUGGUUUACCAGGCCAGAGUCACCAUCCCAGGGAGCUACCAUGGCCAGACGUGUGGCCUAUGUGGGAACUACAACGGACAGCAGGACGAGGAGUUCCUGCUCCCCAGUGGCAGGACAGCCCCUGAUGCGGCAGCAUUUGGCUCUGCUUGGGAAGUCCAGAUCCCAGGAGCAUCCUGUACAGACAGAUGUGCUGGAAACAGCUGUCCAGUUUGCGAAGAGAAGAAGAAGGAGGUCUUCAAAGGGCGCAACUACUGUGGGCUGCUCACAGACCCCGACAGUCCCUUUGCGGCCUGCCACGGCAUGGUCAGCCCCAGUGUGUAUCAGAGCAACUGCCUGUAUGAUCUGUGCCUGGGCAACGGGGACACACAGGUUCUGUGCCAGAGCAUCCACAGCUACGUGACAGCCUGCCAAGAGGCUAAGGUCUUCAUCCAGCCCUGGAGGAGCACCUCCUUCUGCCCUGUGAGCUGCCCGGUCAACAGCCACUACGAGCUCUGCGCUGACCUCUGUACCACCACCUGCUCUAGAGACAUCAUGGACUGCCCAGAGACCUGUGCUGAAGGCUGCCAGUGUGACCGGGGCUUCUUCUUCGAUGGCCAGGGCUGUGUGACUCUGGAGAACUGCGGGUGCUUCAAACAGGGGAGAUACUACAAGCCCAGUGAGAUGGUCCUGAUGAACGAGUGCCAGCAAAGCUGCACCUGCGUUCCUGCCCGAGGGGUGACUUGCAAAGCCCACAGCUGCACCAGUGGAGCAACCUGCCAGAUCAGAGACGGCGUCAUGGACUGCGUCGGCCAAGUUAUUCCAAAGCCAUCCUGCAGUGUGGUCAGCUGCAGGGAAGGAACUAUUUGUAAGAUGAUAAAUGAGCAGCCAAAGUGCGUGCCAGUCUCUCGGGGCACAUGCUGGGCUGGGGGAUACUUUCAUUACCACACCUUCGAUGGACGGGCAUACGAUUUCCAUGGCAACUGCACCUACACCGUGGCCAAGACCUGCAGGGAUGCCUCCAGCCUGCCCUCCUUCCAUGUCAUGGCCAAGAGCGAGAACAGUGGGAACACACAGGUCUUCUACAGUGGGUCGGUGACUGUCCAGGUGGAUGGAGUCACUGUCACAGCAGCCAGGGCUGAAGCCGGCUUUGUGUGGGUGAAUAACAUCAGGGCCCACUUACCCAUCUCCCUGAACAACGGGGCCCUUCGGCUCUAUCAGAGCGGCACCUCCCUCGUCCUCCGCACCGACUUCAACCUCAGAGUGUCCUAUGACUGGAACAACCACCUGAGGGUCACCGUCCCUAAUGACUUCUCUGAGAGCCUGUGCGGCCUGUGCGGCAACUAUAAUGGGGAUCCCUCCGAUGACUUCCGGACCCCGGACGGGGAUCUGGCUCCCAGUGUCACCGCCCUGGGGAAAAGCUGGGCAGUGGAAGAUGAGGAUCAGUUUUGCUGGCACGAUUGCAUUGGAGGCUGCAGGCCCUGUGCCCCCAGCAUAGCCAGAAAGUACAAGGAGGAGGCCUUGUGCGGCUUGAUAGCCAAGGUUUCAGAUGGGCCCUUCAGCCAGUGCCACAGCAAGGUGGAUCCUAAAGUCUACUUGGACAACUGCGUGUAUGAUCUGUGCCACAAUGACGGCUACCGGAAGGCCCUGUGUGAGGCCCUGAAGGCCUAUGCUGAUGCCUGCCAGCUGGAGGGGGUCAGGAUUGGGGAAUGGAGGCAGCUGGCCAGAUGCCCCAUGGAGUGCCCCCUGGAGAACAGCCAGUACCAGUUCUGUGGAACAGCCUGCCCAGCCACGUGUGUGGACCAGUCAGCCCCCAGCAGCUGCCAAGACCCCUGCGUAGAAAGCUGCCAGUGCAAGGAUGGUUUUGUGCUGAGCCAGGGCAAAUGCAUCCCCAAGAGCAGCUGUGGGUGCCAGUUUGAAGGGCGUCCCUAUGUCCCCAACGAGAGCUUCUGGGUCAAUGAGGCAUGUGGGACACGGUGCAUGUGCAACGCAGCCACUAGACAAGUCGAAUGCAUGGCUGCUACGUGCAAACACUCUGAGAGGUGCGGGCUAGUGAAUGGCAUACGAGGCUGUUACCCCUCCAGCUACGCCACCUGCUCUGUGACAAGGAAUAUGCACUACGCCACAUUUGAUGGACAGAGAUACGACUUCCAAGGCACCUGCCACUACCAGCUCACGGCCCUGUGCAAGAAGGCAGAGGGACUGGUGGACUUUGAGGUCUACUUCCAGGAGAACAAUACCGCUCCUCUACAGAUCAAGAUUUAUCAGACCAGCCUCAGGAUCAGCAAUCAAUUCCCUGGGAAAGUCCUGAUGAAUGGUUUCCUGAUUAACCUUCCCUUCAACCUCAAUGAUAAGAAAAUCACUGCGUAUAGAAAGGGCUGGGCCACAGUGAUCCAGGCAGACUUUGGCCUCACCGUUACCUAUGCCGGGUGGUCAGGACGCAUCACGGUCACUCUGCCAGUGACCUACGCGGGAGCCGUGUGUGGUCUGUGUGGCAACUUCAACAAGGACAGGGAGGAUGACUUGCUCAUGAGGGAUGGCACACUGGCACCAAGCCCCAUCAGCUUUGGCCAGAGCUGGAAGGUGGGCGACCUCCUGGGAUGCUCUGUAGUAACGAUACCACCAUGCGCAAGUAUAGAGGCUAUUGAAAAGGAACAACGAGGUAGCAGGGGGCAGUGUGGGAUCAUCCUAGACAAGAAUGGCCCCUUCAGAGGAUGUCACAGCAAAGUGGACCCCCAUGGGUACUUCAUAGACUGCGUGUACAGCUAUUGUGUCCUCAGUGAGCGGGAGAGUAACGUCUGCCAGGCCAUUGCUGGCUAUGCUGAGGCAUGUCAGGAAGCUGGAGCUAUGGUGCAUCCCUGGAGGACUACGAAAUUCUGCUCUCCGUCCUGUCCCCCGAACAGUCACUAUGAAUUCUGCAGCAGCAGCAGCUGCGAUCUGACAUGCAGGAACCUCUAUGCCCCGCUGCAAUGCACGACCCAGUGUAAGGAAGGCUGCGUGUGUGACCAGGACUUUGUUCUCAGUGGUGACCACUGUGUCCCCUUUUCCCAGUGCGGAUGCCUCCACAGAGGACUUUACUACCAGGCCGGGGAGACCUUCCACCCGAGCGGUUCAUGCGAGGAGCAGUGCGUGUGUCAGGCUGGUGGGGAGGUUGUGUGUAAGGCAUUCUCCUGCGGCACUGGUGAGCAAUGCGGGGUGGUGGACGGUGUCCAGAAAUGCCACCCAUUUGGAUCUGCGACCUGUUCUGCCUCUGGCCAUCCUCACUACCUUUCUUUCGAUGGGGUCUCCUUUGACUUCCAAGGCACCUGCACUUACAUCCUGGCCAAGACCUGCACCGAUGCCAGUGACCUUACACCAUUCACUAUCAGCAUAGAGAAAGAAGAUUGGGGCACUAGGAAUAUGUCUGUGACCAAGCUACUGUCCAUUCAGGUGUAUGGAAUCACACUCACCCUGCUGCAAAACAAACAGGGGCUCAUCAUGGUGGACGGGGUGUCCCACAACCUGCCUGUGAUCGUGGCCGAUGGGCGGCUCCGAGCAUAUCAGCAUGGCGUGAAUGUCCUGGUGCAAACUGACUUUGGCCUCACUGUGAGCUAUGACCUGGUUUACCACGCCAGAGUCACAGUCCCGGGUAGCUACCACGGCCAGAUGUGUGGCCUGUGUGGAAACUACAAAGGGCAGCAGGAUGACAAGUUCCUGCUCCCCGAUGGCAGGGUGGCCCCCGACACUGCAUCCUUCGGGUCUGCCUGGGAAGUUCAGAUCCCAGAGGCAUCCUGUACAGACAAAUGUGCUGGGAACAGCUGUCCAGUCUGCAAGGAGGAGAGGAAAGAUGUCUUCAAAGCGCACAACUACUGCGGGCUGCUCACAGCCCCUGACGGCCCUUUUGCCGCCUGCCACAGCACGGUCAGCCCCAGCACGUAUUUCAACAACUGCCUGUAUGAUCUGUGCCUGGGCAACGGGGACUCCCAGCUCCUGUGCCAGAGCAUCCACAGCUACGUGACAGCCUGCCAAGAGGCCAAGGUCACCAUCCAGCCCUGGAGGAGCGCCUCCUUCUGCCCUCUGACCUGCCCAGCCAACAGCCAGUACAAGGUCUGUGCCAAGCUCUGUACCACAACCUGCACUGGAGACAUCAUGGACUGCCCAGAGACCUGUGCUGAAGGCUGCCAGUGUGACAAGGGCUUCUUCUUUGACGGCCAGGGCUGUGUGACUCUGGAGAAUUGUGGGUGCUUCGAGCGUGGGAGAUACUACAAGCCCAGAGAGACCAUCCUGACGAAUGAGUGCCAGCAGAGCUGCACCUGCAUUUCUGCCCAAGAGGUGACCUGCAAAGCCCACAGCUGCAUCAGAGAAGAAACUUGCCAGAUCAGAGACGGUAUCAUGGGCUGCAUCAGCAAAGAUCCCUGCAAAACCCUGAAAUGCCGGAUCAAGGAGAGAUGCAAAAUUGAAGAUGGCCAAGAGGCAUGUGUUCCAGCCUACACUGGAAUCUGCAUGGGCUCAGGGGAUGCACAGUACCAAACUUUUGAUGGCCUGAAGUUUGACUUGCAGGGCACUUGCAAGUACACCAUCGCUAAGUACUGUGGCAGUGACCCUACCCUGGAGUCCUUCACCAUCGAUGAGAAGAACGACAACAGGGGGAACCAGGAUAUCUCCUUUUGGCAGGUGACCAAUGUCUACGUCUAUGGGUACAACAUCUCCAUCUACAAGAGGGAAGUUGGCAAAGUCCGGCUGAACAGUGUGAUCACCAGUCUCCCAGUGACGCUGAAAGACGGUAAAAUCAGACUGUACCAGACAGACCUCAGCACUGUCCUGCAGACAGACUUCGGCCUCCAGAUCGCACAUGAUGAAAAUUGGCGUGUAGUGAUCACCCUCCCCAGCAGCUAUUAUGGGGCCACGUGCGGUCUAUGUGGGAACUUCAACCAGAAUCCAGAAGAUGACAUGAUGUCCUCCAAAGGCACCAUAGUCUCCUCCAUCAUGGACUGGGCUGCCAGUUGGAAAGUCCAAGACCGGGACCCCCUUUGCUGGGAUUAUUGCCAAGGCACUUGCCCAGUGUGUGAUAAGAGCAAGAGAGAUCUGUAUGGGGAUGACAGUCACUGUGGGGUGAUCAGUAAAGCACCGGGAGGGCCCUUCAGAGAGUGUCACUCCAGGGUGAGUGCUGAUGACUUCUUUGACAGCUGCAUCUAUGACAUGUGUCUGAAUGAGGGGGACAAGAGCAUUCUGUGUGAGGCGCUGGAGGCCUACGCGAAAGCCUGCAGGAAGCAUGGGGUCACUGUCGCUGACUGGAGGACGCCGUCCAGUUGUGAUGCCUGCAAAACUCUGAAAUGCCGGACCAAAGAGACAUGCCGGACUGAGGAUGGCCACACAUCAUGUAUUCCUGACUACUCGGGAACCUGCUUGGGCUCAGGGGACAUGCACUACCAAACUUUUGAUGGUCUGAAGUUUGAGUUCCAGGGGACCUGCACCUACACCCUGGCCAAAUACUGUGGGAGUGACGCUACCCUGGAGCCUUUCACCAUUGAUGAGAAGAACGCCAAUAGGGAGAGCCAGGAUAUCUCCUUUCUGCGAGUGACCAACAUCUACAUCUAUGGGUACAACAUCUCCAUCUACAAGAGGGAAGUUGGCAAAGUCCGGCUAAACGGUGUGAUCACCAGUCUCCCAGUGAUGCUGAAAGAUGGUAAAAUCAGACUGUACCAGAAAGGCCUCAGCAUUGUCAUGCAGACGGACGUUGGACUCCGGGUGGGGUACAACAAGAACUGGCAUCUGGAAAUCACCCUCCCCAGCAGCUAUUAUGGUGCCAUGUGCGGUCUUUGUGGGAACUUCAACCAGAACCCAGAAGACGACAUGAUGUCCUCUGACGGCAUCAAAGUCUCUGCCAUCGUGGGCUGGGUUGCCAGUUGGAAAGUCCAAGACCGGGAUCCCUUUUGCUGGCAUUCCUGCCAAGAGAACUGCCUGACAUGUGAUGAGAGCAGAAGGAAGCUGUAUGGGGAUGACAAUCACUGUGGGUUGAUCAGCAAAGCACCGGGAGGGCCCUUCAGAGAGUGUCACUCCAAGGUGAGCCCCGACGACGUCUUUGACAACUGCAUCUAUGACGUGUGUCUGAAUGAGGAGAACAAGAGCAUUCUCUGUGUUGCGCUGGAGACCUAUGCAGACACCUGCACAGACUAUGGAGUCACUGUCUAUGACUGGAGGACACCAUCCAGCUGUGGUGAAUUAGGAGAAACCUGUGAAACCCUGAAAUGCCGGACUAAGGAGACGUGCAAGACAGAGGAUGGCCACGCGACAUGUGUUCCCGACUACGUGGGAACUUGCUGGGGCUGGGGGGACCCGCAUUAUCACACCUUUGAUGGCCUGACGUUUGACUUCCAGGGCACCUGCACCUACACCAUUGCCAAGUACUGUGGCCACGACCGCUCCCUGGAGCCCUUUACCAUCGAUGAGAAGAAUGAUAACAGGGGCAGCCAGGCCAUCUCCUUUCUACGAGUGACCAACAUCUAUGUCUAUGGCUACAACAUCUCCAUCUACAAGAGGGAAGUUGGCAAAGUCCGGUUAAACGGCGUGAUCACCAGUCUCCCAGUGACACUGUCAGACGGUAAAAUCAGAGUGUAUCAGAGCGGCUUCCGUGCCAUCCUGCAGACGGACUUUGGUCUUCAGGUGGCAUACAACUGGGACUGGCAUCUGGUGAUCACCCUCCCCAGCAGCUAUUAUGGUGCCACGUGUGGCCUAUGUGGGAACUUCAACCAGAACCCUGAAGAUGACAUGAUGUCAGGCAGCAGCACCAAAGUCUCCUCCAUCGUGGGCUGGGCUGCCAGUUGGAAAGUCCAAGACCGGGACCCCCUUUGCUGGGAUUCCUGCCAAGAGAACUGCCUGACAUGUGAUGCGAGCACAAGGGAGCUGUACGGGGGUGACAGUCACUGUGGGUUGAUCAGCAAAGCACCGGGAGGGCCCUUCAGAGAGUGUCACUCCAGAGUGAACUCCAGUGAGUUUUUCUAUAGUUGCACCUAUGACGUGUGUCUGAACAGGGGCGCUACGAGAAUCUUGUGCCAGGCGCUGGAGGCCUACGCAGCAACCUGCAGAGACCACGGGGUCACCGUCCAUGACUGGAGGAUGCCAUCUGGCUGUGCCCUGCCCUGCCCUGAAAACAGCCACUAUGAGGCCUGUGGGAACGCCUGCCCUGCCAGCUGCUCUGACCGAACUGCCCCCUCCUCCUGCCGGGAGCCCUGUGUGGAGACCUGCCAGUGUAAUGACGGUUACGUCCUCAGCACUGAUAAGUGCAUCCCCCUGGGGAGCUGUGGCUGUGACUACAACGGCCGCUACUACAAACCCAGUGAGGAGUUCUGGGCCGAUGAGAACUGCCACUCUCGGUGCAGGUGUGACUCCAGCCUGGGCACAGUGGUUUGCAGGAAGACCAGUUGCAAGGCCAAAGAAAGAUGCUCCGUGGUCAAUGGGGUCCGUGGCUGCCAUGCGAUCAGCUACUCCACCUGCAUAGGUACUGGAGACCCUCACUACACCACCUUUGAUGGGAAAAAGUAUGAUUUUAUGGGCACCUGCAUCUACCAGUUUGCGGCUCUCUGCUCCAAGGACCCCACACUCACCCCGUUCAAUGUCAAAGUGGAGAACAACAACCGAGGCAGUAAGGCCGUGUCCUUCACCAAAGCAGUAACCUUAGAGGUCUACAACGUGACCAUCAGCUUGAGCCAGGAGCAUCCACGCAAGAUCCAGGUCAAUGGUGUCUUUGUGGACCUGCCCUUCUCCCACCAGCACAAGUUCAAGGCCUACAUCAGUGGAGUCCAUGGCUUUAUUCAGACUAAUUUCGACCUGAGAGUGAGCUUCGACUGGUACAGCUACGCCAGGGUCAUCAUACCCAAUACGUACGCCAAUGCUGUCUGCGGCCUCUGUGGUAAUGCCAAUCAGGACCCCAGCGACGAUCUGACCAUGAAGGAUGGAACUCGGACAUCUGAUGAGAUUCAGUUUGCCGACAGCUGGAAGGUGGGAGAGGUCCCAGGGUGCUCGUCUAGCUGCACCGGGGACUGCUCAGUCUGCAGUGAGGCUCAGAAACAACCCUAUAAGGGAGACCAGUACUGUGGGGUCCUCAUCCGACAGAAUGGGCCAUUCAGAGAGUGCCACGGGGCCAUCGACCCAGAUCCCUUCUUUGAUGAUUGUCUCUAUGACACCUGCCAAUACAAGGGUCACCAGGACACACUGUGCAGCGCAAUCAGCACCUACGUCACAUCCUGCCAGGCCAGGGGCAUCCAGAUAGGGCAGUGGAGAUCGCCCUCAUUCUGCAGACCCACCUGCCCCCUUAACUCUCACUACGAACUCUGUGGAAUUAGCUGCCCUUCCAACUGCAACAACCUGUGGGCUCUAGAUCGGUGUGACAAACCCUGUGCUGAAGGAUGUUUCUGUGAUGCUGGAUUCACCCUGAGUGGUGACAAGUGCAUUCCUGUCGCGCAGUGUGGCUGUGUGCACCAGGCCAUGUAUUACAAGAAGGGAGAGGAGUUCUACCCCAGUGCCUCCUGCCAGGAACGCUGCCUUUGCAAAGACAAUGGGGUCGUUGCGUGCCAGAAAGCCUCCUGUGGAGCCAAUGAGGAGUGCAGGGUGGAGAAUGGAAUCCUGGGCUGCCAUGCCAUGGGCUAUGGAACAUGUGUCGCAUCUGGUGGAUCUCACUACAUCUCCUUUGACGGACGGGCCUUUGACUUCCAGGGCUCCUGCACUUACACCUUAGCCAAGGUCUGCAGCAGAGACUCUGGACUGGAGAACUUCUCCGUGGUGGUGGAGAAUGAGAUCCCUGGUGGUGGCCACAUGGCUGUGAUGAGAACAGUGGUGGUGUCCCUGCAUGGUUACACCAUCGCCAUGGAGAGCGGGAGGAAGUGGAAGAUUGCGAUGGGUGGUGAGCUCUACACUCUCCCACUGGCUACGGACGAUGGAAAACUUUGGAUCAACCAAGAGGGGAACAACAUCAUUGUCCAAUCAGCCUCUGGCCUCAAAGUCUUUUACGACACUGCAUCCUACCUCCUACUGUCCAUCCCCAGCACCUAUAAGGGACAUGUGUGCGGCUUGUGUGGCAACUUUAACGAUGACAAGAACGAUGAUCUCCUGCUGCCUGGUGUGAAGAGUACCCAGAAUGUGGAUGAAUUUGUCGCCUCCUGGAAGGUGCCUGUUGAUGGUGCCACAUGCUCUGAUGGCUGUGAUGAGAAGUGCCCCAUCUGUGAUGCAGCCCAGACAGCGCCGUACCAGACUGAGAGCUCCUGUGGGCUGAUCCCGGCCACCUCAGGUCCCUUCAGAGACUGUCACUCAAUAAUCAAUCCUGUUGAGUAUUUCAACCACUGUCUCUAUGACAUGUGUGCCACCAACGGAAGGGGAGAGACUCUCUGCCAGAGCCUGCAGGCCUAUGUGGCUGCGUGCCAGGCAGCUGGGGCCAAGAUCGAGACCUGGAGAACGGCCUCCUUCUGCCCCCUUGCCUGCCCGGCUAACAGCCACUAUGAGCUGUGUACCAGAUCCUGCGAUUUCACCUGUGCCAGCUUGUUUGCCCCUGCCCAAUGCACCGGGAAGUGCUUUGAAGGCUGCUGGUGUGAUCCAGAAUACGUGUCCGAUGGGGAGGCAUGCGUCUCCAUGGACAGGUGUGGCUGUGUGCACAAUGGACGCUACAUCAAGGCCGGGGAGAGCCUUGUGUCCAGCAACUGCUCCGAGAAAUGCACCUGCCACGCUUCAGGCGAGGUCAUCUGUGAGGAAACAAAAUGUACCGAAGAGGAGAAAUGCAUGCUCAGGAAUGGGGUGCGCAGCUGCGUGAAGCAGGUGGGCCGGUGCACGCUGGCCCCAGGAAUAUGGUUCACCUCCUUUGAUGGUGUCGAGAGGGAAGUCCUCCUUGAAGGGGCCUACGAUGUGUCUUCCCUCUGCGAAGGGGUCGACCUCCCCUGGUUCCGGAUGGUGGUCAGUGUGUUCAGAGAAGGUGGCUUGGCCGUUCCUGAUGGCAUCUCCGUUUUCUUUGAGGAGGGUCUUAUCCAUGUCAAUAAGAAAAAGGAGGUUUGGGUGAGAGGGCACCAAAGGCAGCUCCCAGUGAAGGUAUCCAACUUGUCUGUAAGUGAGUCUCAGGGCACCAUCAUGAUUGUCCAGGGCUCUAGAAUAAAGAUUCUGUUCAACCUGAGCGGAGAGGUGACAGUGACAGUCAGCGAGAGCCUGGCUAACAAGCUGUGUGCACCUUGCGGGAAUUUCAAUGGUGACAUCUCCGACGACCUGCGGCUGCCCAGCGGGCAGGUUGUGGGGAACAUCACGGACAUGUUUGAAGGUUGGAGGGCACGAGACCUCUCAAGAAGCGAUGUUUAAAAGCCACCUGAGCUGCAAUGGACCCCGCCCCCUUUCCCUUCCCUGCAUUGGACUGGGCUGAAUACCACUAGCUGUCACCUUCAGCGCCCAACUAAAACCUCUCCAGCGCUUCAUCAAAGAUCUACAACCUAUCCUGAAAGAU